AUGGAUGCACCAAAGGCAGGCACAGAGCAGGAAGCGGAGAAGGAUGCUGAUGAUGAGGAAGGCGAAGAAACAAAGGAAGAACAGCCAGGAAAGGAUGCAAACUUCAAGGCCGAUGUGUUGCAUUGCCAAAAGAUAUCAGUGACUGGAAAGAGUGGAUGCUUCUAUAUCGCCCCGGUCUGCAAGAAGAACAUUGAGAGUUUGAACAAGACGGUGAAUGCAAAUUUCAGGCGCUUGGUGGAUAAGAAGGUGGACAAGAAUGGCGAGGGCGGCUUAACGGCUGGAUGGUCGAAAUUUGAAAGUCUGAAAGAUGCGUGGACUUAUGCACUUCAUGCUGCCGAAUGGGAGGGCUUGUUUGUGGCUGCCACACGAGCACGCAACGCUGGGAUUCCAGUCCGGCUUUAUGCGGGCCACAAUGAAAGUCCUCAGAUUGAAGAAGGACGGGCUGCUGGCAGCCGGGUUGCCGUGUGGUUCAUGGACGUUCAUGAACCGUGCUACGAGCGGUUUCUGCUGAAAUCCGACACACCGGUUCAUGUUGUCCUUUCCUCAUAUUUGAAAGCGAAAGCUGGCCCUGCCCAGCUGGAUGGGUGGGUGAACUUUCUCCACCGCAAAUUGACGAAGAAGACACGAAAACAAAAGGGCCUCAGCUCCAAAGGCGUGGUUACUUACAAGAAGUGCAAGAAGACUGGGAAGACUGGUGGACCACGUCUCAAACAAACACAGUGCUACCCGGUGGAGUUUGGAAAAGCGGUGUCCUCAUAUCACAUCCACGAAAUGGCCUCGAAAAUUGGUGGGAUCCUCGAGGACGUUCAGAGGUUCAGUAUGGUGAAACCAAAGCUGAUCAAAGAUACUCCUGACUGGGCCCGGGCAUGUCUGAGGGAUAUUGAAAUCUUCCUGGAGCAGGAGCAACAAGAACAGUUGCAACAGAAGCAAGACAAGAUGAAAGCCCCGCCCGCAGAAGCACCGGAGCCGGAACACGAGACAGAAGCGAAAGCGAAAGCCAGGUUGCCGAAGGCUACCCCUCCGAGCUCCGACAAGAGUGUUCGGGAUCCCCUUGCCUGUGCUUCCACCGAUCCUGCCCCAACCAAGCCGGGAAGAGCCAAGCGCAGCAAACCGGAGCAGCAUGAUGAAGGCGACAAGCCGAAGCCUGUGGAUGCAAGCAACGAAGCAAAAGCGGCCACAGCCAAGCCCAGAACAAAGAAACUGAAGCGAAAGAAUGGAUUCAAGAAGGGAGGCAAAGGAGCCCAGGCCAAGAACCUCGCAUCCGUUCGAAAGCGCAAAGCCCGCAAGCUCUACAUGAGAUUUUGGCGAUCGGUGAAGAGUUCAUCCCUCAGUCUGAUUUUCUCUGUUUUCUGUGGCAAGCACACGCCGAAUGAGAUCAAAAAGACCUUCGAGAGGUUCAAGUAUUGCAAGACGAAGAUGAGCACGUUGUACGAAGACUUUGUCAGCACCGGAGGCAAAUGGAAGAAUGGUAUCAUCUACAAGACGGUGACAUCGAAAAGGAAGAAUUCUUCGUUGGGCUGCCGAAAGUGGCUCACCCGUUCCCAGCUACUUCAGCAUUUCGACAACGAUAAAGAUAUCGUGGAUGCUGUGAUUCUACGAAAAGAGACUGACCCCGAGCUCCGUCAGAAGGAGAUCCGUGAGCACCCGGAAUGCCCCAGCUUGACACAAUAUCUCGUGCUGGUCGACGAUGCCGAGUAUGAUGAGUCGGCUGUGGAGAUUUCAGAUCUUUUCCAAGCAGAGGAUUAUAUGAGCGAGACCAAGACCCGCAAGAAGAAGAAGAAGACUGCAAAGAAAGACAAGAAGGACAAAAAGUCCAAGAAAAACAAAAAGGAUAAGAAGGCCAGCAAGAAGCGAAAAAGCAAGAACAAGAAGGGAGAGGACACAGAGGAAAAGCAGCAGGCCAAGGCACUGACAAUGGAAGCGAACAAGGCCCGAAGGUAG